GACAAUGAUAGCCCUGGAGAUGGCAAGGCUUCCUUCAUUCCCCUUCGUUGCUCGCUUCCAAAGCUAAUACUUUUCAUAGAUCCUACCAACGGCGUCGGGGCUGAAACGGCCCAGAUUGCAUUCACCCCACAGACUGCUAUUCCAGCUACUGCUACUCCAGCUUCUGCUCAGGCCCCUCGCCGAACUCCGCGCCAGGUUCCUCAGGAAGCUCAGAUGCAUGCUCCUACCCAGGCUGUCCAGCAGCAGCCUCACCGUGCUGUUCUACCUCCCCAGCAAACUCGCAUUCCUCAGCUUCCUCGUGCUUACCAGCCUGUCGCAGGUCCUCAGCAUGUUCAGCAAGCUCAGAUGCCUACUCGCACUCCUCAACCUCCUACUAACACUAUCCAAUUCCAACCUAUUGUCACUCCCGAGACAAUCCGGCGAUCUCAGCAGUAUGAGCUCGCUCCUCUGGUUGUCCCCAAGAGUCGGGCUCGAAGUGUUCAGCCACAGCCACCUCAGAAACCUCCUCAAGUUGAGCAAGCUGACACCUUCAUCCAGGCCAGUGGAUCUGACUCCUCUUUCGCGAACAACACUCAGGUGAACGGUGAUGACCAGGAGCAGGAAGACCUGGCUCUCAGUGAUUCUGCUACUACACUUACUGAACUGACCAACAACACUUCGGAUGGCACGUCGUCUGAACUCACCGAGGCCGAUGCUGACCAGAAGAACAACACCUCACCCAGCAAAUCCCCUGCGACCAUCGACGGCUAGAUGCCUGAGACUGUCAACCAGGUCUGGGAGGAAGGUCUCCGCCGAGCCUUUCUCAAAGGUUUCAGCAUGGCCCAAGGCGCGCUCCUCACUU